GAGUCUUAACAACCAACCAUACAAAAAGACACCUUCAUACUACUACUCCAUACAACGAAUACUCAAAACUUGUUUUCCACCCAGUCCUAACCACCCAGCGUAUCUCAACAAUAUGGCCUCUGCCGCCCCCCAAAAAGAGAAUCAACCCGCCGCUUCUAACGAAGCAGGCAAGCCCGAUGACGCCACCAAGAACAUCGCGCUGGAGGAAGACGACGAGUUCGAGGAUUUCCCCGUCGAGGAUUGGCCAGCAGAGGAGACAGAGGCUGCUAACAGCGGCGAGACGACGAAGCACCUGUGGGAGGAGUCUUGGGAUGACGACGACACGAGCGAUGAUUUCUCGAAGCAGCUCCAGGAGGAGCACAAGAAAGUCGAGUCCUCAAAGCGCCGGUAGGAUGGCCACGGUCACGGCCACGACACCGACGGGUCUGUGUCCGUACAUACUACGGAAUAUAGCUCCAGCAUGGGCUCCAUAGCGCCUGGAUCUAGCGAUAUCGAGCCCCAGUGUAACGGGUCUUGAGGAGGCUUCGUAAGGGCUGGAUAUGCAGGAACACCUCACGAGGGCAGAUGGAUAUUGAUACCACGCUACAUCCUAUCGACAAAACUUCCAUGAGGAUGAGCCAUGCGUUUCUAAAUGUCAGCCUCGUGUACAACAUGCAUCCGAGACCAAAACAGGCAGAUGCUCUAGGGAGGAUGCUAGAGCGAGACGGGCCGGUUGACUACGGCAUAGACUACAUUAAUGAGAAAUGAAUCUG